AUGAGGAGGGAAGUAGUGGUGGUUGUGAGCACAACUCUUGUUGUGGUAGCAGUUGGUGCAUUGGUGAGGAGGUGGAAGCGAGAAAAAGAGCAACAAUCGAGACAAACUAAAAACAUCAUUCGAAAAUUUGCAAGGGAAUGUGCCACACCAGUAACAAAGCUUUGGCAUGUUGCAGAUGAUUUGGUGUCUGCCAUGGAAGCCUCUCUUGCUAAUUCAAAUGAAACUGGUUCAACUCUUAAUAUGAUCAUUUCAAGUGUUACAUCUCUUCCUAAUGGAGAAGAGGAAGGGGUAUUUUAUGGAGUGAAUUUGCAAGGUACGAAAUUUUUGAUAUUGCGCGCACGCCUUGGAGGAAAGAACAUGCCUAUCUCUGGUUUACAUAGAGAAGAGAUUUCUGUCCCCAGUGCUGUCUUGGCUGCUACGCCACAGGAGAUAAUUGAUUUUGUUGCCACAGAAAUAGCAAAGUUUGUUUCAGCUCAUCCUUGUAAUGAGGCAGGUACAGCUGCCAAGAAGAAGAAAUUGGGCUUCACUCUGUCGCAUCCAGUUCACAAGGCUAUGCCUUUCACCAACAACCCAGUUGGCAAAGAAUUGGUAAAGGACAUCAAUCAAGCAUUGAAGAAUCAUGGAAUGGAAAUGCAAGUUUUUGCACUGGUUGAUGUCGCGAUUGGAGGUUUGGCCGGAGGAAGAUACUACAAUCGGGACAAUGUGGCUGCAAUUACUCUUGGCAUAAGCACAAAAGCUGCUUAUGCAGAACCAGCACAAUCACCCAAUUCAAAUGAACUGGUAAUUAGCAUGGAGUUGGGAAACUUCAGAUCCUCUCAUCUUCCUCUCACGCCAUUCGACACUAGUUUAGACGCUGAAAGCUCGAAUCCUGGAAACGGGACUUUCGAAAAGCUGAUUUCAGGAAUGUAUUUAGGAGAUAUCGUGAGACGGGUCUUGUUGGAGAUAGCCCAAAAAACAGACCUAUUUGGAAGCAAAGUUCCUCCAAAGUUGAAGACUCCAUACUUGCUAAGGUCUCUAGAUAUGGCUGCAAUGCAUCAAGAUACAUCAGAAGAUCGCGAAGUAGUAGCAGAGAAACUCAAUGAGGUCUUUGGGAUCACUAGAACCACCAAAAUGGCACGCGAAGUGGUUGCCGAGGUCUGCGACAUUGUAAGCGAACGUGGUGCACGAUUAGCCGGAGCUGGAAUAUUGUCCAUAAUUAAAAAACUUGGGAGAAUUGAAAAUAAAAAAAGUGUUGUGACAGUUGAAGGUGGACUUUAUGAACAUUACCGCAUUUUCAGAAACUAUCUUCAUAGUAGUGUUUGGGAAAUGCUUGGCAAUGAUCUUUCAGAUAAUGUUAUCAUAGAACAUUCUCAUGGUGGAUCUGGAACUGGUGCUUUGUUUCUUGCUGCAGCUGCUACUCGCACUCACACACAACUUGGAGAUUCUUGA